AUUUAAAGGAUAAACUACGAUGUACAACAAACACCAUUCCAAUUUUAUUGAGGAAGCUUACUAAUAUUGAUGGAUAAAAAUCAAUGUUUGAGAAUAUUGAAAGUGGUGAAGUAAACGAGAGAACACAUCUUCUAGUCGAUCCUGUUAGUAAUAAUACAAAUAUACCAAGAGUGCACAGUGACGAUUAUGUUAAUCAAUAUGCAAAUUCUGAACCUAAGAAGACAGACGAACAAAGUGCAUUGAACAGAAUUCUACACGAAACAGCGGCAAAUGUAAUAGAUAUUGGCGCAUUGGAUUCACAUAAUUUAGAACAACACGAAUAUAUGGAUAGAUCUAGAGCUUAUGCAAAACGUAUAGAAGCAGGGGGCUUCAAAGUCCCCGAUCAUACUACGUGUCUUCUCAAGGAUAUUCCUGCACCUGAACGAAUACUCGCAUCAAAUCCGCUUGAUGCUGGAGAUCACGAACUUAUCACCGGGAUGCUCAAGAAUGCAGUAGCUGCAUUAAAUGAUAUCAAAGUAGAGCAUAAGGAAGAUUUGGUAGUUCCUUUCUUAUCGUGAUCUUACAGUAAUUCCAUCGACAGGAUACAUCACCCUGUCUAAAUGGAAUUAUUUUUGUCAAGAAACACAAAGUACGUAUCUUAUCGAACCGAGCUCGCAAUAAUUUUCAUUGAAUUUAAAACAACGAUGGAGCUUAUUUAAAAAUGAAUGUAAAGUCAAACAUUAAGCGUUAUGUUGUAUCAUAAUUAAGUUUGAACUAUAGGUCUGCUCUCAUAUAGAAUUAUAUCUAAAUGCUAAGUUUGAAAAAUGUUUUAAUGUAAUAUAUUAGUAAUCGAACGAAGUAAUUCAUUUGCUUUUUUCUUUAAUUUUGUUCAUAUAUAUAUAUAUAUAUAUAAGAAUAAUUAAUUUGAUAAGACUUUUGUAUAGCUUAUUUAUAAUCAUGCGUAUAAAAAUGAUUUAUUGACGUAGGGCAAAUUCAUAUUGCCUUUCGAUCUCGUUUGUUCCUUGCUAAACUACUUUAACACAUUUCAUUCUGUGAUUCUAGAAAAGACUAAGAGAAAUCUUUUGUUAAAGGUUUUCUACGGUUAACAGUUGAAAAUGUUGUUAAUAAAUAUGCGUUUUUAACGAGAUCGAAAAGACAGGGAUUUAUAUUAGGAAGAAAGAUAAGGUGUAUACUAUUUUAUCAUGGCUUCGAACUCCAAUCUUAAAUACGAAACGAUAGAAAUUUAACUGCUAUUAAAUAACAUUAUGAUAACGCAUAUAAAAUACAUUAUCAGACCAUUAAAAAAGAAAAGUUAUUACUAUAUAUAUAUUUUGGUCUCAUACACACGAAAAAACAUAUGGUCGAGUGCACUUUUAAGAAAAAAAAAACAGAAUCCUAUAGAUAAUAAUGAAAUAAAUGUUAAAAGUCUGUUUUAUUGAAAUAGUUGUACAAACGUUUUGUAAACACGAUUGUGAUUAUCAGUCGAAGCUAAGAAUAAAUCUUAUAUAUAUAUAUUCACCUAAUGUAUCUUUUGCCUGUUGAAAAACGUGUACUUACAUGUACUGUAUAUUUUUUAUUGAUAGAAAAUCAUAGUAAUAUUGUAUAUCGAGAUAAUCAUUACUUAUCAAAAUUAUGAAUACCUGGCCUUAUAAUAAACAUAUAAUGCUUAUAGAAAUUGUUCUCAAUGAUUGCUUGUAAAAUAAAACUAAUUAAUAAGGAUUAAAAAUUUACACUGCCACAUAAAUUUAGACGAAUUAGAAUGACCAUUUUUUUGUAGUUAAAUAAAAUAAAUCUAAAAUAAA